AUGUUUGCAACGCUUUUCAUAAUAUUUGCAUUUAUACGGGCGUUUCCCUGGCGAAGAAGGCGUGGCGGAGCAGAGCUGUUGGCCAUUGAGGCUGGUGGUGCAAUAGCAGCCGACCAGGAGAGAAAUAUUAACGGUGAAAGGCAACAACGUCCAUAUUCAACAAAUUCCAACCCACCGUCCCCGAAUGAGGAGGCCUACACAAGCCACCAUCAACGCCGCCACCACCUCAUCCAUAUUAAGCCAAAGACACAACUCCAACGGAGAAGGAGGAGAACAGUCCCGCAAAUAUUCCUCAGGUCGUCGAAAAUCCUCAAAUACCAUGAAGUAACCUUUAGCGGUAGUGUUGGUGGUGGUGACAGCGAUUCGGAACGUACACCCACCUCUUCGCAUACCCCUGCCCGCCUAGUUAGACAACCACGUUCAUUAAGCCCGUCCAGAGGCCAUUCGCCCGAUAGCAAUAGCUCGCUGAAUUACUAUCGCUCUUCAACGCUGUCAUCACGUUCCCAUCCCACCCGGGCCUCCUCGGAUUACGAAACGGCGGCCAGUGACUAUUACACACCGGGACGUUCAAAAUCUCCCGCAACGGAACGGGAGCGGGAACGGGACCGAGAAUUAAACGGUUCCUCGCACACGUCGCGUAACGUCACCUCGCGUGCCAUCCACCGAAGUUCCAGCAACGGCUAUUUAACGCACUCAGACACCCUAGUAGGAUCCGACGAAGAGGAUCGCCUAGCUAGCCAUCCAACCAAUCGAGAAUCGAACGAUCCACAUUUUGAGGCUGACAACGAAGCCGAGGCGGACGAUUCAUACGAUCGUGAUACCGAAGAAUUCUAUAGCAAUAUUCAGGACGCUGCAGGCACCUCGUCGAGUCGCAGCAAACGUUCUUCGCUGUUUUCGCGUUCGGAUUCGUCGGCAACGACCACUUCCUCGAGUGGUUGUACUUUCACGGGAGCGAAACGUCGCUCCACCGCCUCCAUUAUUUCGACGUCUAUGUGUUCGGAUAUAAUACCCAUCGAUCGUAGACGUAGCUCAACGGCCACGGAAUAUAGUGUCCGCUCGGUAUCGAGUCAACAGAGGAGAUCGAGUGGCCGCAUACGACGUCAUAUAUCCAGAAUGACAAUCGCCGGAGCAAGAAGACGCACAACGGGCAGUUUCGAUGUAGAAAAUGGCCAAAGUGCUCGAUCUCCGCUCGAGGGCGGUUCACCCAGCGCCGGUCUGGUCUUGCAAAAUCUUCCACAGCGUCGCGAAUCGUUCUUAUAUCGUUCCGAUUCUGAUUUUGAAAUGUCACCCAAAUCAAUGUCCCGCAAUUCAAGCAUUGCUAGUGAAAGGUUUAAAGAACAGGAGGCCUCCAUCCUGAUUGACAGAUCAAACAACCACGACUACGACGACGACGAUGAUGAUGACGACGCUGGCGAUGAUUUGCUCCAAAUAUUGGAUGGGCCUGGCGCUCGUUGGUAUUUCUGA